UUUGACAUUUGUUUCGAAUGCGGAAAAUAUAUCGUAAUAGUGAUGAAUUUACUUAUUUGCGUUUACAAUACCUUAUCAUAUUAAUGUGACAACUUCCGAAACUGAUUCUAAACUCAACUAUUCCUACGCUGGAUGGUCGUGAAUUAAGGAAAUUGGCUAUGAACUAUAUUCAUUCAUAUUUAAAUUCAGCGACAUUGCUUAUUCAUACCGGAAAAGCAAGCUCAUUGUUCAAGCAGGUUUUAAUUCCUCGGUUAAUCAGUCAGUAGUCAAUCAGGUUAUAUAGUUUUAAGCGAACGCGCGACCAAAUGAGACUUUAAAGGACAGGAAAAAUUGAUCCACUAAACCGAUGGAUAUAGUCUUCUAAAUAUUUAGAGAACGUUGGAGUUGAACGUGGAGCAUAUUUUUUAAAUCAGAUUUGUGUAUCGUAUGUGCAAUAGAUGCUAUGCUUUCUUCAAUGCGAUGAGUGGAUGACGCAUUUUUGUUUUCCGCAUUAGAAAGCUGUCAGCGCAGGAACAUCAAACGAACGCUAGACCAAAGAAACUACCGUAUGGACCAGGCUGCGCUGCAGGAAUACAUUCUAACACGUAAAGAAUGAGGUUAACUAAAGCAGCUCUGAUAACUUCAACGUGCCUUCUAAUUUUGUUUAUGUAUAUUACAAAUGUAUUCAAAACUGAUGAAUGGAAAAAGGAUGUUAAAGUGAGGGGCAAUAUUCAAAAGAAUCUUGAGAAACAAAAGCAACUUCAAAAACGUUUACCUCAGGUAAUUGGAAUUGGAGUAAAAAAGUGCGGAACUGGAGCUCUCAGAUCAUUUCUUCGACAUCAUCCAAGCAUAAAAUUACCAAAGAUGAUCGAACCACAUUUUUUCGACAAUAAUUCCGCUUUCAACAAAGGCCGAGAGUUCUACAGAUCGAUGAUGCCCAUUACCAACGAAAACGAAACCACUAUGGAAAUAACACCAAAAUAUUACGUCACAGAAUGGGUUCCUGGUAGAAUCCGGAAAUUAUACGAAGAAAAUUAUAAGACUCUGAAAUUUAUAGUUAUAUUAUGCAAUCCAAUUGACAGACUUUAUUCGGAAUACGUACAUACGAAAGCAGCGAGUCAAGUCGCAAGCCAAAAAUACUAUCUUGAAUCGCAGAUUGGAAAGUACGAAUCGGUGUCCCAUCUUGCAGAAAAUCUUCUUCAUAAAGUCUCGUCAAAGUUGAGAGAAAUCGGAGAUAUCACAGGCCCUCAAAAAAACCCAACUUUCGAAAAGUUUAUUCACGAUAAUUACGAAGUAUCAUUUAUAACCAACGGGAUAUACGCAUUCCACAUGCAAAGAUGGUUGAGAUACUUUUCUUCUGACCAAAUUUUAGUUGUAAAUGGGGAGGACUUGAUAAAAGAGCCUUGGACGGUCAUGAAACAUAUUCAAACUUUUCUGGGAAUCGAAAGAUUACUGACGAAAGAAUCAUUCAAAUUCGAUGCAAAGAAAGGCUUCUAUUGCAUUGGUCGUUGCCUUGGCCGAGGCAAAGGUAGGACGCGUUCACUUACUGAUAAAGUGAAGACUUCUGACGCGCAGAUGACUCCUAAAAUUCGAAAUGCUUUAGAAGACUUUUAUUUACCUUUUAACAAAAGACUUAAACUCCUUAAUAUAACUUUGGAAUGGUAAAUUACUCGCGACGUGUAUCCCGCAAGUACCUGCCAGGGCGCUGACCGGUGAACCAUUCACUAUGCAAAAUAUAGAUCUUAUAAUUUCCUAGACCUGUAAAUGUAUCAAGAGAACCUACUAUUAUGAAUGAGGUUUCUUUUCAAUGACCAGAAUCAGAAGCGACUCUACGGGGAUUGUAAUCAGCUCAAACCCUAAAAUAUAAGUUCGAAACUUAUCAAAGGAAAGAACUCACAUUUAGUAGUAGAUGUCUGAUAUAUUUCACAACACUGACCAUCCUGCGGAUAGUCCGUAGCCACUCUAACAAGAUCAACAGUCUCACAUUUUCGAAACAAUCAACAUCUGUCAGCCAGAUGAAUAGUCGAGAUUUUGUUCAUUCAACCAUUAUUCUGAUUACUGUUAGAAUUAUAUAUGCAUACCUAACCGCAUUUCGGUGCAAGAAAG